AUGAAUGUGACCUUUGGCAAGUCGGACUCUUCCGCCGCCGCCCCGAAGCAGAUUCGCUUCGUCCACAACCAAGGCCAGCCGCCCUCCAAGCGCCGCAGGAUCAACGCCGCAUGCCUCACAUGUAGACGCCGCAAAACGCGCUGCGACGGCGAACGCCCGACAUGCUCGACUUGCUCCAAAAACGGCCACAAGUGCCUGGGUUACCCCGAAGAGACGAAGCGCGACGGCCCCGACGCCGGCGACCAGCCCGCCGACGACCACGAGCAUGAAACAGCGGCCGUGGCGUCUUCCUCGACCGCUCAUCACUCUCGUCCUGAUCCCCCAGCCGGCGCCGAACCCGGGCGGCCCUACCAGAAAACGGACCGCGAUGCCGGCGACCGCGACAGCACCACCCUCGCCCACGUCGACGCAAGAUCUCGUCAAUCCCCGGCCCAGCAACACUUGACCGCGCCCCCUCAUGCCACGACUAUCAUGGCCACGCCUCCCUCCCUCGCCCAGGCCACGCCGACGGGCCUCGAGCCCUCGCCGUCGAUAACUUCAAGUCAUCCGCCGCCGACGGCCUCGACAGACGAUCUGGCCGACUCACCGACGGCUCUCCGUCGCGCGCAGAAUGCCAGCAACCGCAUACCCUACUUUCGCUACUUUGGCCCCACUGCCAUCGUCCCUGGCUUCAAGCAAAUGGUCGUUUCGGUGCGUGAUCGUCGACUGUCCGCCUCGGGCGGCGGCUCCCAUCCCGGCACGUCGCCUCUGUCCACCAACAGCGCCGUCUUUGCCGCCAGCUCGGCCGGCAACAGCGAUGCCCUCGACGACUUGCCCUUGUACGACCCCAGCGCCCCCGGACCCGUCCAUCCCCUGCUCAUCCACCUCGUCGAAAUAUUCUUUACGCAUGUCGGCUGCAACUUCCCGUUCCUGAAGAAGGAAAAGGCCCUCCGCCAUAUCCGCGAGAAGAGGGUCGAGCCCAUCCUUGUCGACUCGAUAUGCGCGCUGGCCGCCCGGUUCUCCGACUCGCCCUCGCUCACCGGCGGCAACGACAAGAUGCCCCGGACGGAGCGCGGCCACGUGUUUGCGCAGCGCGCUAAGCAGGCCACCGUCGACACCUUUGCCUGCCCCAGCGUCGAGGCCGUCCAAGCCUGUCUUCUCAUGGCCUACGAGGGCUUCGGCGCCAACCAGGACAGCGCUCUGUGGAUGUACCUUGGUCUGGCCAUUCGCAUGGCGCUGGACCUGGGCCUGCAGAAGCGCGUCGGCAUCAAAUACCAGGGCGAAAAGGAUCCCUGGAACACGCAGCAGCGCAGUCGCGGGACCAACGACUCGGAGAGCCCAGAGGACCGUCGCCGCGACGAUGGAGACCUCAGCGAGACGGGGCAGCGGGAGCUAGAGCAAGAGCGCAUCGACACGUUCUGGGCCGUCUUUGUCCUAGACCGCAUCAUCUCAUCCGGCACAGGUCGUCCCGUCACGCUACGCGACGAUGACUUUGAGCUGCCAUUUCCCGAAGCCAGCAACGAUCCCAACACGGGCUGGCCAACGCUGUUCCCCGUGCUCGUGCAAAUCGUGCACCUCUACGGCCGCGUGUCUGACGUGCUCAACAACAUCCACCACGUCGAGGACCUGACACAGGACCGCUGGAGCAAGCUCAACGAGAUGGAGCGCCAGCUCACGCGGCUGUACAAGAACUGGGGCCACCGUCUGCAGUUCAACGUCAACAACUUCAAGCACUACCUCCGGGACGGCCAGGGCAACAUCUUCAUCCUGCUGCACCUCUGGUUCCACGCGCUCUUCAUCAACCUGCACCAGCCCACGGUGCUCAUGGCCUUUGGCGAGCUGCGGAGUGAGCUCCAGCUGCUGCCCGACAGCCGCGAGCUGAGCAUGAGCAGCGCCAAGACCAUCUGCGACAUUCUCUCCUUUGCGGACCUCAUCGACCCCAAGAGCUUCAUCGGCAACCCGUUUACCAGCCAGCCAAUCUACAUUGCCGCCGGUGCGUUUCUUAUGGAGUCGAGCGCCAACGCCUCCGAGGGCCCCUCGCGUGAACCGUCUCCGCCGCCGUCUGCGGCAGACCGAAAAAGUGCUGCUGCUUCCGCCGCCACCGCCGCCCGUGGCCGAUCAUCCCGCCACUCGCUGCUCGCCUCGGCCGCCACGCAAAACUAUCAGCGCUGUUACAACUCCCUGCAGGAGAUUAACGGCUACUGGGGCGGCAUCAAAUAUAUCUUGACGGCGCUGGAUCAAAAGUCCAAGGGCACGCGCGAUGUCGAGACGUAUACGACGGAAGAGUACGAGAGCACCAAGUCGCUCAUGCUGCCGCCGCCGCUACAGGCCAGCAUUGGCGACCAGCUCAGCCGCCUUAACAACCAGGGCUCGCCGAUCCCACCUGGCGCGUUUGCAUGGAGCUUCUCCGGCACGGCCAACUCGCCCAACUCCAACUUUACGGCCAUGUACCAGGCCGUCCACAGCAGCGGCGGGGGUCUCCAAAUCACUGGUGGCCCCUCUCGGGCACCGUCAUCCGCGUCCAGACCGCCGCCGCCGGCAGUCUCGCGCGAGGAGGGCAGCACGCCUCCCGGCAACAUGAUUUACGAUCCGAUCCGCCCGACGCAGACGAGCACCAUGUUCCCACCGGCGGUCCCGCAGCCAAACCUCUCUGCACUGCGGCACUCACCUCAUCAAGGCGGCGGCAGCAGACUGGCGCCCAACGGUCUGCGCUUCGACGGCGGCAUCAACGACGAGAGCAAGAUUUUCGCACCGCCGCACCCGACAUACACGCCCACGAGCCAGCACUCGAACCCGUACGAGACAGCCGCCGUACCCGGCGGGUACAGCGUCUCGCCGCCCGCCGCCGCCGCAGUCGACGGCAGCCGGUCGUCAAGCAACAUGUACAGCAGCAUGACGCAGCAGCAGCACCAGCAAUUUGGCACGUGGGGCGGCGGGCCGAUGAUGGGCCAGAUGGACGGCAUCACGUUUAACAGCCAGGACAUCAACGUCGAGGAGCUCGGCCUGCAGCAGGACCUGAUGAACGGCUCGUGGCUGGACCUGACGACGGACAUGCUGGGCUUGUUUGAGAGCCCAGAGAUGCAUAACCACGGAAGCUAA